AUGCCUUCACUCUUGAAGAAACUCCGGCAUAAGUUUCGUCGUCGAAAGUCUACCAACCCACGAUCGAACAGCAGCCGCAAAAACAAAGAGAAAAUUGAGCCUCCAAACUCUCCUUCCAGCAUCCUGCAGAUUGAAGAGAUACAGCAAAAUGAGAUACCCGAGCAAUCCAGUCGGCAAGUGUCAUUGGACGAUGAGAUCUCCCGGCUAUCAAUGCCAUCAUUCAUUGAAGAUGAAGAUACCAGAGCUGGAGGGGGACACGAAGAGCCCUCGUUCGCAGUUGGGACGGCAUCGACAACAGAACACUGCCCCUCAAAGAAUUGGAAGCAGUCGAAUUCGCGUGAGUCCGAAGGAAAGCAAGCUGCUCUAAAUUCUGAGUUGGUCUUUCCGUACACAAAGCCAACGGAAGUCCCAUCAAAAUACCCUGGAAUGAUUGGUAAACGAGUAAAGGUCCGAGAAUCAUUAAACGAUGCUCACAAACGUGGCAAGAUUGGGCACAUCAUUGACUGGAAGGAUAGGAUUACUGUAACCAUGAAAUGUGACGACGGCGGUAUUUGUGGUGUUCGUCUUUCCAGUAUCGAGUUUGUAGGAAUGAAGGAACGGCAACCCAAACUUCAAUCGAUCAAUCUUGCAAACAAGCAAGAGGCCCCAGAUUUGCCAUCGGGUAUGAAUUCCAAAAGUGACUUUCCUUUCGCAAGUCCGAUGGAAGCUCCUGCAAAGUGUUCUUCCAUUCUUGGAUUGAAAGUCAAGGUCAGAGAUUCCUUAAGCGAUUCGAAAAAACGUGGCAGAGUUGGCGAGAUUGUUGAAUGGAAAACAAAGAACACGGUCAGCUUGAAAUGCGAGGACGGCCAAACAUUUGGAGUUCGUGUCUCCAGUAUUGAUUUUGUGAAUCAGCAGCCUCAAUCGAGACCCAAUGAAAUGGAUCGAGCACAAGAGGAAUUUCUAGAUGAAUCUUCAUCACCCUGCAGCCCUGAAUCUUUCAAGAGUGUGAAAUCUCAAUCUAACGAAACAUUUGUGACGGCGCGAAUGGACUCUAGCAAUUCUUCGAAUGAUUCCAAUUCAAGAACGGGUAUUGAUGAAUCGACUGCUCACAUGCCAUCUUACACCGAGAUUGACGAGGAAGACCUGGAUCGAGCACAAGAGGAAUUUCCAAAUGAAAGUUCAGCACAAUGCAGCCCCGAAUCCUUCAAGAGUGUCAAAUCUCAAUCUACUGAAGAAUUUGUGACGGCGCGAAUGGACUCUGUCAACGGUUCGAAUGAUUCAAAUUCAGCCGGGGGUAUUGAUGAACCGAUUGCAUACAUGUCAGCUUAUACCGAGAUUGACGAGGAAGACGAAGUGCUAGACCAACUUAUAGUACCGACAGCAACGUUGACAAAAGCGCCCACCAAUCAAGAAUCUUUCACCUCCAAUGAUUCGUUUCAAAAUUCUCGCUACAAGGAGCCUACAUUAGUUCCUGCUAAGGAUGGAUUUAUUAUUGGGAAGAGAGUAAAAGUAAGGGAGUCCCUUCGCGAUAGCAAAAAACGCGGCAAAUUUGGAAAUGUUGUUAGUUGGAAAAACAAGAGCGUUGUGGAGGUACAAUGUGAUGAGGGCACUAGAUUUGGUGUCAGGUUGAAUAACAUUGACUUCGCCAAUGGCCAUGCACCUCAAGGUAACACCAGUGAGGAGCCAAGGCUUGGGACAGUAAGCACACCGAUGAGACGGACCCCAAGAUGCAGCACCUCGAAAUGUGAUGCGUCUAACAAGCCAAAAACGAGAGCUUGGCAACAUACAUCCCGAAAAUUAUCAAAGGGAGAAGAAUAUCCUGAAUCCGAUCUAGGCAAAGCUUGGAUUGCUCCACAGAACCCCGAAGUGAUGCCGAAGUUUGGUGGUUUCCAUAUUGAGAAAUUGGUCGUCGGACAGGGUGAAAAGGGUGAGACAACAUUCCUAAACAAACUGCUGAUGCAGCGAAAGCUCAUCGUUGAAGUCCCACUUUCUACCAGCUUAUCUUCGGAGCUCAUUGAGAGGCGAGUGAAAGAUUCAAGCGGCAAGGUUUACGAAUUAUUGUCUUGUAAGACCUAUGAGGAGGCCACGGGGUCCAAGUUUGUGAAACGAAAAUUUGCUAAGGUGAUCUAUGCGCAGACUGAAGGUCCCGGAUUAGAGCCAUUUGCUGCCAAUGAUUUCCUUCGCCGCGUUGGUGACUUUACAACACUUCCACCGCGGAAGAUAGCAGCUCGAUUAGAGCUAUUCCAGUCCCCAUCAAGUAUGAGACUGGUAUUUAACGAGGAUUCUUGGUUUCAACAAAUCCCAGACCUUGGCUACGUUGGGGGCGGAUUCAUCCAUGAAGACACUUUGUUCGAGUUGCUGAGGAGGGCUGGAAUGAAACCCACUCCGGCUCGUCGAGUUGCUGCGAUCCAAGUUCGCCUCUUCAUUCCAUCAAUGGGUGUUUUCAAAGGUAUGUUGGUGAAGAAGCGUGUCAGGAACGGCGCACCAAUCGAGUUACCUUGCUCAAUGCAAAAGGUAUUAAAGUCAACCCAUCCGCAACGUUUCGAUGGUGCUUGUAUUUUGAUUUGCCGAAACAAAGUGCAUCCUUCACCUGGAUCUGCCAAUGAGUACAUCGGGCGAAACUUCGAUGGAGCCAAUCCUCCCCCGUUAAAGUCGUUUACUGAAAAGAUCAAGAAACCUUUAUCAACGAUGCUUUUCAGACUUUGGGAAACAAUGGGCGUCCCCAAGGAAUUGUGCGACAGAUACAAAAAGGAGAGCCUUCUUCCUUCUCGCCGCAACCAUGCCUGGGUAGUCGGUGUUCCCGAUCCAACGGGUUGCCUGCCACCUGAUACCGUUUUUGUCCCAGGCAUCAAGAAUCAGGGACCCUAUGACUUUUUUGUGACGAGAUUUCCUUGUUAUGCUCAUGAGCACGGUAGAAAAUUUCGGUCUUUCACUGAGAAGCCACCAGGUAUGUCUACAGAUAACUGGGAUUGGCUGAACAACGAGCUCAACUUUGGAGUAGUCAUCUUCUCGAAUCCUCGAGAAGGUAUGAAAUCGAUUCCGGAGCGUAUUGCCAAUGGAGACCUUGAUGGAGACCUGUAUUUGGUGUGCUGGGACAAGGAAGUAGUAAAUUCCUUGACCGCACUCCCACUAGAGGAACAGGAAGCAGAAGAUGAUGGCCAGUUGGCCACCGUCCCGGCUAAUAAAGAGUGGUUCCAUGACGCUCAGGAUGUCAUGAUUGACAAUCUCCGAUUUGAAUCUAAAAAUCUCAUUGGGGCUCUCUACAACCUUGCCAAGGACAUCGCCGACAAUUCUGAUAAGAAGCUGAAUGACCCUGACGCCCUUGCUUUGUUUGAAGCUUAUAACGAAGCACUAGAGUAUCAGAAACAUGGGCGACCUGUUCGUUUGCCUCGACAUCUGAUUAGCGAAUUGAAGCCACUCCUUCAUUCCUAUGUUGAAGCUCUGGACUAG